GACAUUGACACACUUAGAGCAUUCAUAUAUUGACAUUCAACAGCUGAUGGGCCCCUCUAAUGAAAGCGUUUGAAAAAAUACGAAUAAGAUGGAAAAAAAUGGGGCCCAAGAAUCGGAUAAUAAUGUUUGUACUUGUAAAGUAAUUAUAAUCGGUGCGGGCAUGGCAGGUCUUUCAGCAGCUUAUCAUUUAGCCAAAAAUAACUUCACUGACUUUAAAAUAUUAGAAGCUCGAAAAAGAAUAGGUGGACGUAUUGUUCAAAUACCUAUUGGAGCGGAAAAAGUUGAACUCGGGGCUAAUUGGAUUCAUGGGGUCUUAGGAAAUCCAGUGUAUGAAUUAGCCAUGCAACAUGGUUUGGUUGAUAUAAUGGCAUAUCCAAAACCACAUAAAAUAGUAGCUGCUACCGAACAAGGAAAGCAAGUUCCAUUCGCUAUCUUAAGAGAAAUUUAUGAAGCCUAUUUGUGCUUUUUAAAACGUUGUGAAGAGUAUUUUAUCUCUCAGUAUUCGCCCCCUGAGGGUAUUGACAGUGUGGGUGAUCAUUUAAGGUUAGAAAUUAGCUUAUAUUUAGAUAAGAUUAAAGAUGAGGGAGAACGGCGUUUACGAGAAAGCAUAUUUGAAUGUCUGUUGAAAAGAGAGACAUGUAUUUCAGGCUGUGAUGAUAUGAAUGAAAUUGAUUUAUUGGAAUUGGGAAGCUAUGAGGAAUUACAAGGAGGUAAUAUUGUGUUACCUAAUGGGUAUAGCUCUAUUCUAGAACCCUUGAAAAAUGCCAUACCAAAUGAGAAUCUUCUCUUAAACCAUCCAGUGAAAACUGUCAAAUGGAAUAUUAAGAAAAAUUGUAAUUCUACCUCACAACCUGAAGACAGUGAUUCAGAUGAUUCUGAUCGAACUGUUAUUGAGUCUUUACCAAAUUCAAAUAAUUGUAGUCGAGAAUCUAGCUGUGAAAAGACAUUAGAUAACAAGCCUCGAGUAGAGGUAAUCUGUGAUAAUGGCAAGAAAUUCUUGGGAGAACAUUUAAUUUGUACAUUACCACUAGGAGUACUCAAACAUACUGCAGUUAAUAUGUUUCAUCCACCUUUACCUGAUUUUAAAUUAGAAGCAAUAGAUAGGUUACUAUUUGGAACUGUAAAUAAAAUUUUAUUGGAAUACGAAAGGCCAUUUCUACAUCCUAAUAUCACAGAAGUGCUUUUACUUUGGAAUACUGAAUCGGAUAAAACCUCCGAUAUUAGUAAAAACUGGUUUAAAAAAAUUUAUUCGUUUACAAAAAUAAGCGAAACAGUAAUAUUAGGAUGGAUAUCUGGUAAAGAGGCUGAAUAUAUGGAAACAUUGUCAAAUGACGUUAUUAUAGAAACAUGCACGAAAAUAUUGAGAAAAUUUCUCAAUGAUCCAUUUAUACCUAAACCAAAAGGUUGUAUAUGUACUGGUUGGCACAAACAACAGUAUACCAGAGGUUCAUAUACAGCAAUAGCAGUAGGCGCAUCACAAAUAGAUAUAGAAUAUCUAGCACAACCUAUAUUUGAUGAACAAGAAAAAGAGCCCGUUCUUCUGUUUGCGGGCGAACAUACACACAGCAGCUUUUAUUCCACUGUACACGGAGCCUAUUUAAGUGGUAGGACAGCAGCACAAAUUAUCAUGACCGCUGAUCAUUCCGAAGAAAUAAUAGUAGAUUGCGGAGACGCCACUGACUUGAGUUCGUGGGUACAAGGAAUCUGUCUAGAUUGAAAAUGCCUUAAAUAGUCUUUCAGUGAGCUAAUAGGAUUGAAGGAUGCUCAGGAGUGAGAUUUUCCGAAUUUAUUGUAUUAUAUUUAUUAUUCAUUUAUUAGUAGAAUUACUGGAUAUACAUCGAAUAAUUUUAAAGUAUUGAUCACUUUGGACGCCACAUUUUUUUAGGUUAAAACUUUGAGUCGGUUUUAACGUGACAUAUCAUCAAUUCAAUAGUUACACAUGAAAGUAUUACAUUAGAUUUUUUUGGAUAAAACUUAUUGUCAAAAUACCAAAAAAAUUGCAGUAUUUCCAUCAAAUGGAGGUGUAGACAAAUAUAUUCCUUGUAAUAACUGAACAAUUAUCUAAGAGUUGACGAAUAUGGUGAUACUGGUUAAUCAUUUAAAUUCAUGCCAUGAGAUAACUCCAUUAUUUCAGAUCUUUUAAUUGCAAUGAAAAGUAGCUUUGAGAGGAAAGUUUAUGGUAAAUAUAUAUAACACCAUGUUCGUUAUUUUAUCGUAGUUUAUCUUUGCAUGUUUAUAUGUAGCAAAUCAUUUAAGAGGAUAAAACCUUAUAAAACACUCCAUCUAUGCCAAGAUAUGGAUCCUAACAAUGCAAUGAACUUUAGAUUCAAUAGUCCAGUUAGCCUAUUUCCUCUAAAAACUUUGGAAAAAUACACCAGAGGCAGCUCUAUUGGGGAUACAUAUUUUUUGAUUGCUCUUUUAAGAGUAACAUUGUACAUACACAAAAUAAAUGGAAUUGAUAGAAGUUGAUUUAUAGGAUAUCAAACAUAAGGUAACCAAACCCGUAAGAGUUAUCAAAAAGGAAUUUUUAGAUUAUAGACUUUAGGAUUAUACACUGUGCCCCAAUUCUUCAGUAUCGACAUCAAUUUUGGAAUUUUAAAUGGAACACCCUAUAUUUUAUUGCGUUUUUUUGAUUUAGUAGUAAAAACAAUUUCAGAACACCAACCUAUUUGAUUCCCGCACGAUUUAGGAAAUAUUGAAGGUUAUUUGAAUUUUUAUUGAAAAAUCAUUAUAUUAUUUGAAAAAUUCCGCAAAAUAAAAAGGAAUUGAAUUUUUGUGAUUUUCGAGACUAGAAUCAUACUGGGUGUCUUUUUUUACUGUAUGAGUUUUGAAGAGCGCACAUCUAAAUAAGAAUAAUUUUUCCCAUUUUUUCCCUCAUUCUAUAUCGAAAAUAAAGUAACACCACGAUUAUUGCAUUUUUGGAAAAAACUAAAUAGAUAAUUUUAAUAAAAACCAGAAAGCUGUUAAAAUAUCGUACUCUUAAAUAGAUAUUUUUAUUGAGAAUAAUUCAAGGAAUAUCACCUUAUUUGAAAACCAUGCUACAGAAAAAAACUGUCUUCAAAUAUCAUAUGGUAGGCAUAGGUAUCUAAUGGAUUUCUAUUAUUUUGCUAAUAGAGAGCUUGAAAUCAAUGAAGCUUAAAAUGCCCUCAUAAAAAAACAAAAAAUAUUAUAUUUUGGAUGACAGUUAAGGUAGCCGUGUGAAUCAUGUAAUUAGUUCUAGUUUUAAUUUUUGUUCAAUUAGUAAAGGAAAAAGAUUAAAUUUAAAAUACAAGCUAAAAUGAUUUUACAUAGAUAUACACAAGAAGGAAGAUGAAAUCUUUAUGAAUACAAUAUCAGAAAUUAUAAAAGUUCAGCCCUUGCCUGCCCUAAGAGAAUAUGGAAGACGUUUUCCCAACAACCGAAUUCCAGGAAAAAAAUAUUUACACGCAUUCUUAAAGACUUGACCGAACAUGAAGUGUUGAAAAGUAACAAAAAUAACGCAACAGACCAAAUAUUACAUUGACGGAAAACCGACAAUUGGAUAUUUUGUUAUAUUUCCAGGAAAAUCCUGAUAAUUCCUUAAGAGAUGCUAAACGUGACCUAGGAUAUAAGUAGCAUACAUUGUGCAUUAAAAAUUAAUCACUUUGAGUUCUUAGAGUUUCUCUUGAGUUUCGGGAAACAACAAUGGACUUACAAUUUGAGAGAUAAAUUUUUGAAAAUGUAUUUUGAAUGGACGAAGGUAUUUUCACAACUGCUGGAAUACAAAAAACAGAAAAAAAUGCCACAGAUGGUCUCGAACAAACAAUCAUAUAACAAAAAAAUUAAGAGGCAAGGGCAUCGUAGCGUCAAAGUUUGCCGUGCGAUUAUAAGGAACUUAGAACUAGAUCCUAUGUUUUAUGAUGAAGCGUUGAAAGGUAUUUUCAUUUGAGCAGAUAUAUAGAAACUGAAAUAAAUAGAUUGCUGCAAAAUUAUGGAGAAAACAAGGUUUUUCAUGAAUACAGUGCUCCAUAUCAUUGUGUUAAACUUGUAAUAAAUUAUCUACGUCAGUCCUGAUUUAAUGCCGAUGGAUUUUUUUGUAUGGCACUUCAAAAAAUAAGUUAUACAAAAAUAGAAAUAAUUAUCAAGUGGCAGAACUGAAAGAAAAAAUUCGAGAGGAAAUUAGUUAUCUCCAAUCCAAAGCACCUGCAUUGCAAAAAACUGGGGGAUUCAUAGAAAACAAAUUGUGAAAUGUCCGUCUUUAAAUAUGAUUCGGGUAUUUUAAUUGAGUGUAUUUCAUUUAUUUUCUGCAUAUUAAUACUUUAAAUCUCUCUAAAUGUGAAUAAAAUGUUUCUUUGAAUUAUUGCUAAUAAAAAUAUUUUUGUUUUUGAUAAAUAUUUUCUAUUUAGUUUUUCCCAAAGAUACAAUACUAAGUGUGUUACAUUAUUUCAAUAUAGAAUCGACGAAAAAAUGAGAAAAAGUCAAAUAAUUCCACAACCAUUAUAUAUAGAUAUAGGGAACUAUGAUAUUUUCAGUAAGCAGAGUAUCGAUAGAUCUUGAUAAAAGCCUAACAAUUUCUUAAAAUUACGGAUGAUGCCUUGAUUCAAUAGUUGCACUUGGGAAGUGUAUUCAGCGGAAAUGUAGAAGAAUAUUUUUAUGGGCAGCGCAAUUGUCUAAAGAGAGUAAAAUUUGCCACUUUUGUUGUUAACAGUUAAAAAA